AGCCGGAAACAACAAAAAAAAAACAUUCAAAACCAUUAAUUUAAAAAUGAACCAAACGCGAAACCAAUCAUAACGCUGCAUUCAAAUCGUUCCCACCAAUCAGCGUCGAUACGUGUCCCCCCACGUGUAAAUAACCGUCUUGAGGCCGGUUUCUUUAUAUAAAAGAACCAAACCAGUGCAAGUUUCUUGUAUUGUCCUGUUGAAACCUUUCAAGUGCUGCGGAAAUAACCCAACUUUAGUUUUAAAUUUUGUUGUGAAAUUACAGCAGUAGUGAUAGCGUUGUUAUUGUCGAUAUUAAGAUCUAAUCUGAUAAAAAAUAUAAAUAUAGGAGUUAUAAAGUGACACAUUGUCUUUGUCAUCAACAGCUUUUUUUUUUGAACAAUGUCGGACGUCGCAAGUGAUUUACCAACUCCACAAUCUCCCACUGAAGUGAGAUGCCAAGAAAAAACAAGAGGAGGUCUUUGUUACGAGGUAAUUAUAGGAGAACCGGAUGUAAAAGCAAUUCCACCGAAGAAGGCAACAUCGCCCCAAAACAAGAACAUGUCGGUUCAAGAUAUCCAGGAUAAACUGAGAGCGGCCGAAGAACGUAGACAACAAUUGGAAGCGAAUAAAAUUGCUUCUUUAACAGCAAAAAUGUUGAAAAUUGAGGAGGCUUCGAGGAAAAAAGAUGAACAAACCAACCAAUUUAUUUCUGCAACUCGAGAAGCUCUCGAACAAAAGAUGGAAACUCAUCUAGGAAAACGAGAAGCUUAUAUCACUGAUCUUAAGACAAAACUUAAGGAUCAUAUAGAGAAUGUAGAAAAAACUCGAUUGACUCUUGAACAACAAACUGAAGAGGUAAAGACGGCUAUUGAAGAAAAAUUAAAAUCGGCAUCUGCUCAACGUGAUGAGAACAUUAAGAAAAUGAUUGAACGUCUCAGGGAACACGAAGAACAAGUGAAUAGGGUACGAACGAGUAAUACGGAAAAAUUCCAUCAAUUGGAUACGGCUAUUCAAGAAAAACUCGAGCAGGCCCAAAACAGAAGGGAACACAUCGAACAGGAACAUAAAGAAAAGUUAACUAAAUACAAUACCAGAAGAGAGGAAAUAAAACAGACUGAAGAGAUCCGUAAGACUGAAUUUUCGGCUCAAAUCGAGACAAAGCUUUCGACGGCCGAACAAAAUCGUGAGAAAGAAUUACAGAAAAAGCUCGAGGCGGCAAAAAAAUGCAACGAACGACUGUUAGAGGUUAAACAGUCUAUUGGGUCUGUUGAGGAUAACCGUAGAUCUGAAAAAACGAUCCAAAUCGAGUCGAAAUUGACAGCUGCCGAACAAAAAAGGGAAAAAGAAUUACAGAAGAAAUUGGAUGCGGUUAAAAAGAACGAGAAGCGUGCUGAAACUGUUCGUCAAAAUAAGGCGAAUCUUAUUGCUAACCAAGCUACCACUGCAUCGUCUGGUUAAAUGGGGCCCAAGUUUUGUGGUCGUUCCACGUAGUUUUACACGUAUCCCUAUUACUUUUAUAUAAUUUCAAUUUUAUUUUAAUUUCAAUUUAAUUUAGGUUUAUUUUUCUUUAUAUUAAUUAACGUUUUAACAUCACUCAUAUUUCAUCAUUUAUUUUUUAGUUUACACUAACAUUGAAAAAUAUUAUUACAAAAUCAUUUUUUGAGCUUAUCUUUUGUUGUCAUUUACUUUUAGAUAAAUUAAUACUAAUAAAAAAAAAUUACAAAACGGUAUUAUAAAAAUUAAACAUAUGUAAUACAAUUGACCAGCUUCGAGAGUCGAGCAUCUGCAAAGGGCAGGAAGAGCGCUUUAUAAAGAACACAAUGCCACAUUAAAAGAAUAAAUAAAAUCUUAGAUUAAAACGAAGCAAAAAUAAGUAAUAGUAGAGAACUACAUACUUUUCUACCGCAAAAGUUGUUAUACGAUGAGGUUGGAGUUCGAUUGAUUUUUUAAAAGUAUGAAAAUAAUGCCAAGAACGAAAAGUUGCGUGUAAUAAAAAUUAAAUAAUAAUACAAUAACGAUAACAAUAUCUUGUGUUUAUACUAUAUCAUGGUACUGUAAUGAAACAGAACAAAAAUUAAAUAAAUAAUUGCCGCUGUGCUGCCUUUUUCGAAUGUAUGUAUGUUGUACGAAUGCGAUUUGAAGGAAUAUUGUGCUUUACGCAGCGAUUAUACAGAAAAAAGUCCAUAUUCAAAAUAUAAUAUCAAUUAAUCAACAUUAUUAAUCAUUAUUAAUCAAUUCAAAUUGGACCACCGAUUUUAUUACACACACAGCUUAAUAAAUGGAAAUUCUUAGUAAUUCCAUUAAUCAAGCUAUGUUUAAAAAAAUGUAAACCGAAAUAUUUGUUCAAAAAAAUAAUAAUAUUAAUCGCUGCAGGCUUCUGUGAUGAGUUUGUUUCUUAAAAAGUUUUUAUGGUAAAAUAAAAUAUUUAGCUAGUGUAAGAUGAUUAUGUAGCGUUUGUGUAGUUGCAAAGCACCGAUUUGUAUUGAUAUGAACAUUUCAUAACGCUUCGAUCCCUUACCUCCCCCAUAUAAUGAACGGAAAUUAUCGUACCAUUUAUUAUUCAUUAAACGAAAACACUUUCGGAAUAUAACCGUUUGAUUUUCUUUUUUGCUUUUGUUAUUAAAACCGUUUUCGUCGAAUAUUUAAUGUUUACAAGAUCUACGUGUUUAUUUACUGUUCAUCUUUAUUUGUUGUAAUAUCAUAUUUGCUUAAUAAUAUUUAAUUAUUUAAA